GUAGCUACAUCAAGCUGGGAGGCACGCAGAUCCAAAGGAUAUCAUGAAGUUUCCAGGGCCUUUGGAAAACCAGAGACUGUCUUUCCUGUUGGAAAAGGCAAUCUCUAGGGAAGCCCAGAUGUGGAAGGUGAAUGUGCCGAAAAUGCCUACAAAUCAGAAUGUUUCUCCAUCCCAGAGAGAUGAAGUGAUUCAGUGGCUGGCCAAACUCAAGUACCAGUUCAACCUUUACCCAGAAACAUUUGCUCUGGCUAGCAGUCUUUUGGACAGGUUUUUAGCUACUGUAAAGGCCCAUCCAAAAUACUUGAGUUGUAUUGCAAUCAGCUGCUUUUUCCUAGCUGCCAAGACUGUUGAGGAGGAUGAGAGAAUUCCAGUGCUGAAGGUGUUGGCAAGAGACAGUUUCUGUGGAUGUUCUUCAUCUGAAAUUCUGAGGAUGGAGAGAAUUAUUCUGGAUAAGUUGAAUUGGGAUCUUCACACAGCUACACCACUGGAUUUUCUUCACAUUUUCCAUGCCAUUGCAGUGUCAGCUAGGCCUCAGUUACUUUUCAGUUUGCCCAAACUGAGCCCAUCUCAACAUUUGGCAGUCCUUACCAAGCAACUCCUUCACUGUAUGGCCUGCAACCAAUUUCUACAAUUCAAAGGAUCCAUGCUUGCUCUGGCCAUGGUUAGUUUGGAAAUGGAGAAACUUAUUCCUGAUUGGCUUCCUCUUACAAUUGAACUGCUUCAGAAAGCACAGGUAGGUGUCAAAGCAAGUAUUCAUUUUAAGUUCGUCUCUUACUGGGGGUUUCUAGAUGAUUAUAAAACUAAGAGACAUCUAAUCUUGCACACCCUGGUGACCUGUGACAAAGGAGUGUUCAGAUUACAUCCCUCCUCUGUCCCAGGCCCAGAAUUAGAUUUCUCCAAGGACAACAGCAAACCAGAAGUGCCAGUCAGAGGUGGAGCGGCCUUCUACCACCAUCUCCCCGCUGCCAGUGGGUGCAAGCAUACCUCUGCUAAACGCAAAGUAGAGGAAAUGGAAGUGGAUGACUUCUAUGAUGGAAUCAAACGGCUCUAUAAUGAAGAUAAUGCUUCAGAAAAUGUGGGUUCUGUAUGUGGCACUGAUUUAUCAAGGCAAGAGGGACAUGCAUCCCCUUGUCCACCUUUGCAGCCAGUUUCUGUCAUGUAGCUUCAAGUGUUACCUUUAAGUGCAAACUGAGGUAGACUACUCUGGGAAUGGGAACAUGGAAAAACCGGGAAGGGCUCGGUAAAGGUGUAUUACCUUAUCAGGCCGAUUUGAAGUGAGCCAGAAAAAAACCCCAUUUACUUGUGUGGCAAAUUAUAAUCAACAUUAUCUAACCAUUUAAAGACCAAAAAAAGUGUAAAAUUCAAAAGAUCCAAAUUUUUUUAAAGUAAAAAACUUUUGUAGUGUUCGUCAUUUCCAUCCUUUUCUCUGCUAAAAUAUAAUGGAGAUUGACCCAUCUCAAAAAUUCAUAUUCAUUGUUUUCUUAAAGUUCCAAAAUUCAUAGCUGGCACACCCUGUCUCCAGCAUCCUGAUUUAAUUUUCCUCAUUUUUGCUUGCUUCUUUAUUGAAUACUUAAUGAACUUCAUGCAUGUUGAUCUAUAGCCUGACUUCCACUGAUUAGGAAACCCUUAAAAUCAUUUUUUAGCAAUUUAGUGAAUAAAUUAUUUCAGUGACAGCCAUGUUUAAUCCAUGAUUCAAAUGAAUCUGAAAAGGGUACUUCAGAAUCGCCCCAUAUGAAUGAGAGGUGGUAAUAGAAAAAGGACUGGCAUUACCACAUUGAUUUUGUAUUUGUCUCAUUUCAGUUCCUGGAGUUUGGAAACAAAAUUACUGUUUUCAUUUUUGUUUAUCUUAAAUUGGAGCUUAAAAGUGGCAUGUAAUUAGGACACUUAGAUUUGUUGAAAGCAUUUUUGACAUUUGUAUAAAAGAAUUUGUGAUAAAGUUAAUAUAUCCAGGUGCUCACCAAAGAAACAUGUAACAACUAAGGUUUUUGUUUUUGUUUUUUUUUUUGGUAACUGAUCAGUUUUCACUCAUUAUAAUCAGUAGGAGAGGCUGUCUAGAUGUUGGGGCAGCUCUAUGAUUGGGGUCUGUGACAUGUAAUAACUGAACUCAGUACCCAAGAUUUACGUUAAGCUAUUAGUAUUUUCUUGAUGGAAGUCAUUCACCCCACCUGUAUUUCUCUCAGUGACUGCUGGAUGCUGAGCUCCCUGUGCAGUCUGGAGAAGGUAUUGCAGUCAGAACCAUGUGCUGAUGGGAAAAGCCUCUGGUAGCAAUAAAAGUUGUCCUUAACCUCUGUA